AUGGCCGGCAAAGGAGAAGGUCCGGCGAUCGGAAUCGAUCUCGGAACCACAAACUGUUACGUCGCCGUUUGGAGAAAUGAUCAUGUAGAGAUGAUCACCGAAGAUUGCGGUGGGAGCUCGCUCGCUCGUAUGACGCCGUCCUACGUUUCUUUUGAAGAAGACCGGCGUUGGAUUGGUCUCAGUCCUAAGCUCGGUAUCGAAAAUAACCCCACUAACACUGUUUUCGAUGCAAAGCGCCUUAUUGGGAGGAGGGCUAGUGAUCCCUCUGUACUGAGUGACAUAAAAAUAUGGCCAUUUAAAGUUAUUGCUGGACCUGGUGACAAGCCAAUGAUUUGUGUAGACUACAAGGAAGAAGGAAAGCAGUUUACUGCUGAACAAAUCUCAGCUAUGGCUCUUACAGAGUUGAAGAGAGUUGCUGAGAAAUUCAUUGGAUCAACUGUCAAAAACGCCGUGGUUUCUGUACCAGCUUGCUUCAAUGACUCGCAACGUCAAGCUACCAAAGAUGCUUGUGCUAUUGCUGGUUUGAAUGUUAUGCGUAUUAUCAAUGAGCCUACAGCUGCAGGCAUUGCUUAUUUUAUGGACAAAAAAGAUAGUAGUAGCAAUGCAGGAAAGAAGAAUGUGCUUAUCUUUGAUCUUGGUGGUGGUACUCUUGAUGUUUCUGUUCUUACUAUUGGAGAUAAUAUAAUUGAGGUGAAAGCCACGGCAGGAGACACUCAUCUUGGAGGAAAAGAUUUCGACAAUAAAUUGGUUAAUCACGUCGUCCUGCAAUUCAAGAGAAAGCACAGGAAGGACCUUACGCAUAGCGCUAAAUCAUUAAGCCAAGUAUGGACAGCUUGUGAGAAGAUGACGCGUACUCUUUCCGACAAUGACGAGGCAAUAUUUGACGUCCACGACCUAUACGACGGAAUUCCCUUUGGCUGCAAUGUCACUCGUGCUAAGUUUGAGGAGUUGAGCGCGGACCUCUUUAAGAAAUGUAUGGAGCCAGUUGAGAAAUGUUUGAGGGAUGCAAGAAUGGACAAGGAUAGUGUUGAUGAGAUUGUACUUGUUGGUGGAUCAAGUAGAAUUCCCAAAGUACAACAGCUAUUGCAGGACUAUUUUAAUGGUAAGGAACUUUACAAGAGUAUUAAUCCUGAUGAAGCUGUUGCCUAUAGUGCUGCUGUACAAGCUGCGAUUCUUAGCGGAGAGGUUAGUAAUAAGAAGAUUCAAGAUUUGCUGAUUUCGGAUGUCACGCCUCUAUCAAUAGGAUUGGAAACAACAGGAGGAGUUAUGACUAUGUUAAUUCCAAGGGACACAACAAUUCCUGCUAAGAAAGAGAGGAUAUUUUCAACAUAUUCAGAUAAUCAAACUGGACUGUCAAUUCAGGUUUACGAAGGAGAAAGAGCAAGAACAAAAGACAACAACUUGUUGGGCACAUUUGAGCUCUCUGGUAUACACCCUAUUCCUAGAGGUGUACCUCAAAUAACUGUUUCCUUUAAUGUCGAUGCCAAUGGAAUAUUGAAUGUGUCUGCUGAGGACAAGACCACAGGUCAGAACAAAAAGAUUACAGUUACGAAUGAUAAAGGUCGGCUUUCGAAGGAAGAGAUUGAGAAUAUGGCCAAGGAUGAAAAGAAGGAAGGAACUUGAAGACUUAUGUAAUCCCAUUUUUGUCAAGAUACAGCCAGGGCCGAAAGAACAAGAGGUGUGGCCUAAAUACGUA